GAAUGAUCCAUGACGACGACCUCAGCUCACCAACCUUUGUUUUGCUACCCCCAUUUCUUCUUUAAUUUGAUCGAGCUUGCUAGAUAGAUCUCGGUGACGUCCGUCCGUCCGCGGGAGACGGUGGCGGCAUCAGUAAAGACUUCGACGAUGAGGGCUCUGCAGACCAGCUGAUGAUGCCGUCGUCCGACGGGGAGGGUGGCGCCGAUGUGCCACGCGGGCCCGACGGCCGGAGCUCACCAAGCAAUAGCAGCACGGUGGAGCUGGAUGGGGACGGCGGUGGCGGCAGGAAGGCCGGCGCCUCGCCGUCGUCGUCGGUGCGGCCCUACGUCCGGUCCAAGAACCCCCGCCUCCGCUGGACGCCGGAGCUCCACCUCUGCUUCCUCCGCGCCGUCGACAGGCUCGGCGGCCAAGACCGUGCAACUCCAAAGCUCGUUCUUCAGUUGAUGAACGUUAAAGGGCUUAGCAUAGGCCAUGUCAAGAGCCAUCUCCAAAUGUAUAGGAGCAAGAAGAUCGACGGCUCGGGCCAGGUGAUAGGUGGUGGUGGUGGGUCAUGGAGAGGUCGUCUUCAUCGUCAGUUGCAGGACGGGGGGCAAGCGGCGUACAGCCUCGGCCAUCUCUCCUUGCAUCACGGCGCCGGCCAGACGACUGCUGCUAGCAGUGCCAUAUUGUCAGCAAGGUCUGGCGCAUGGCCCCAUUGGAACAGUUUCCACGAUGAUCCAUCGUAUACGAUGCUUCUUCACGGCGGUCACCAUCAUCUUCUUGGAUCAAAACCCUACUACUACUACUACUCAUCAACAACAGCUGAAGCUGCUGCUGCUGCUGGUGCAUCCCUUACAACCUGUGCUGCGCUCCCGCUCAUCAGGGCUCCCGCUCCUCCUCCUCCGACGGCUCAUCAGAGGUGUUUGCUGCCACAUCGUCAAAAUCAAAACAAUCUGAAUCAUCAUCAUCAUCACCACCACAGACGACGGCUACUGCUGCUGCGCAAUGACGAGGACGACGACACCCAGCGCCAGCGUGACCCUCUUGUUGAUCUCGAACUCGCGUUGGAUAUCGGCCCACGACGCCCGGACAAGAGAGUAAUAAUAGAGAGAUCGUCAGCUUGUGAUCAACAAGAGGCGGAGAAGAAUGUCGGGGAUCAACAAGUCGACAGUGCUACUGAUGAUGAUGUCAGGCUGUCUCUUUCUCUGUUCCCAUCUCCUCCUUGUGCGAGGACCGGUAAUGGCGGUCGUCAUAAAAAGUCAUAGGUGUCAAUAUGGAAAAAAAGGGAAAGUGCAUCCAACAAGGACAAGUACUCUUGACCUCACCAUCUGCAUGAUGAUCUAGCUAGCUAGCUACUAGUCCAUGCGUGGUGAUGAUAUCUUGUGGUACUUAUCCAAUUAUGUAGAGGAAGACACAUGUGAAAGCAUAAACAUCAAUAUUUUCCU